UCUCUGUGCCCGGGAGGACGAGCAAUCCGCGUCCGUACGAAAGGCACAAUACAGGUGACCGGGAGGACGGGUAAUCCGCGUCCGGAGGAAAGGGACGAUCCAGGUCGUGGCAAGCAUCGGACCGACUUGGACGCAACGAAAUGAACACGUGUCUUUAUCUGAUUGGUUAGAAGGUUCUGCGAGGUUCCUCGCGACUCCUAUAAAUAGCAAGCCUCUCUUGCGGUGAAAUGCAUUCCAUCCAUCUCUACUCUUGCGACGGCGAAGAAGAAUUUGAAAAAAGAAAAAGCUUUCUGAAAAUGCAGAUCUUUGUAAAGACCCUCACUGGAAAGACCAUCACUCUUGAGGUCGAGAGUUCUGACACAAUUGACAAUGUCAAAGCCAAGAUCCAAGACAAGGAAGGCAUCCCUCCUGACCAGCAAAGGCUCAUCUUUGCUGGAAAGCAACUUGAAGAUGGGCAUACAUUGGCCGACUACAACAUCCAAAAGGAAUCGACCCUCCACCUGGUGUUGCGUCUGAGAGGAGGCAUGCAGAUCUUCGUGAAGACGCUCACUGGAAAGACAAUCACCCUCGAGGUUGAGAGCUCUGAUACAAUUGACAAUGUCAAGGCCAAAAUCCAAGACAAGGAAGGCAUCCCUCCAGACCAGCAGCGCCUGAUCUUUGCUGGAAAGCAGCUCGAGGACGGGCGCACGUUGGCGGACUACAACAUUCAAAAAGAGUCCACCCUCCACCUUGUCCUUCGCUUAAGAGGAGGCAUGCAGAUCUUUGUGAAGACACUUACUGGAAAGACCAUCACUCUGGAAGUCGAGAGUUCCGACACCAUUGAUAAUGUCAAAGCGAAAAUUCAGGACAAGGAAGGUAUCCCGCCUGAUCAGCAACGCUUGAUUUUUGCUGGGAAGCAGCUGGAGGAUGGCCGUACACUGGCAGAUUACAACAUACAGAAGGAAUCAACCCUUCAUCUUGUACUCCGCCUCAGGGGCGGCAUGCAGAUCUUUGUCAAGACUCUAACCGGCAAGACCAUCACUCUAGAGGUGGAGAGCUCUGACACCAUAGAUAAUGUGAAGGCGAAGAUACAGGACAAGGAAGGGAUUCCUCCGGACCAGCAGAGGUUGAUCUUUGCAGGGAAGCAGCUGGAAGAUGGGAGGACCCUUGCCGAUUACAAUAUCCAAAAGGAGUCUACACUUCACCUGGUGCUGCGUCUCCGCGGCGGCAUGCAGAUAUUUGUCAAGACCCUCACUGGGAAGACUAUCACUCUGGAGGUGGAGAGUUCAGAUACGAUCGACAAUGUGAAGGCGAAAAUCCAGGACAAGGAAGGGAUUCCUCCAGAUCAGCAACGUCUCAUUUUCGCUGGUAAGCAGCUUGAGGAUGGGCGCACCCUGGCAGACUAUAACAUACAGAAGGAAUCCACCCUUCACCUCGUCCUCCGUCUCCGUGGUGGUAGCCAUUUCUGAAAUCUGUUGAAGGAACCUUGCCAUAUUGGCUUUUAUGGUGUUAUCUGAAGAAUACUUAUUAUCAUCUCAAUGUUCUGUUAGUUUUAUUACUUAGAUGCUUUGUGGACGAAGUCGUCGGUAUGCAAUUUAGAUCUUGCCAGCCUGUUUCUUUUUCUUUA